GGCAAAAUUAUGGAGCCAUAAUCUAAAAAUUGAAUUGAUUUGAAUAAAUUGUCAAUUGUCACUUGCUAAGUUUGUUUAUUGGUCUCUGCUAAGUUUAUUAUAAUUCUCUUUGUGCUAAGUACAGAGUACAGAUGGUAUCACAGAAAAAUGGUAUAGAUGAGGAAAUCCGAAAUACCUACUCAGUGAAUAUCAUUAAUAAUAGAUGAAACAAAAGAAUCCGAGAUAGGUGAUUAAAAGUAAAGUAAUGUAUGCGACACUUUAUAAAUAUUUUAAAGAAAUUACAAGAAUCAAACGAACAGUGAGACUAAUUAAAGUUUAAGCUCUAGUCACUUAAAAUGAACGAAAACGAAGAAUUUGACGACUUGCCGCCUAUUGAAGUAGACUGUUUGAGUCCUAAAACUUCCAAUUCCUUGAAAUCGGAAUCAUUCGUAAUGCCAGCCGCCGAUGAGCUGGCGUCACAACGCGAGCGCGAGCUGUUGUGCGAGCAGGAACUACGUGCGCUGUCCGCGUCGCACGUGGCGCGCUGCGACUCGAGUGGCUCGGAGGGCGAGGCGGCGCUGGCGGCGGCGGUGCAGGCGCUGUCCGUGCUGGCCGCGCCGACGCCGCCCGCGGCCACCCCGGACGCGCUGUCGACUCGGUCGGUGCUCAGCGCGCUGCUGCCGCACCUGCCGCCCGCCGCCUUCUUGAACAAGUACCUGCACGCGACCGACUACCUCGACGACGCCACUCUUACAGCCCCUUAA